AUGGACAAGAACACAGGCAGACAGAAGCGUCUCGCUCCAAAGACCGGGACGUCGCCGCCCGAGCCGCCCGAGCAGCCCGGCAAGAUCUCAAAGUCGGUCAAGGCGUGCGAGCGAUGUCGCGGAAUGCGCAAGCGGUGUGAUGGCACUCAGCCCUGUGCGAGAUGUCGACGGCUCCAAGCCGAGUGCGAGUAUACCGCUGUGGAUGGGCGGAAGAGGGAGGACUGGCGGGCGCGGAUUGAAGCGCUGGAGCAGCGGAAUGCGUACCUGGAGCAGGUUGUGCAACAGAUGAGUGGCGAGAGGGGUCAAAGUCAAAGUGUCUCAAUGGUACAGCCAGAUCUAGGAAAUGGCGUUGAACGGGGCAGUACCUCGACCUCGACUGAUGGGCCGUACCAGAGCAGCAGCACCCCACAGGAACAGGAUAUACAGAAGGUCUUCUAUACCGCGACGGCGUCGCACCCUCGGUCUCUGGAUAUGGAUGGGCAGUAUGGCUACGGCCAUGGCCACUACGGCGUCACCCGCCGCGAUAGACUCCCAGCGGAGCCGGUCACCAGGCGCGCUGAUAUUGUAGAAGUUGCGGCCUGCGCUGCUAUUGGGAGCCACUACAAGGCCGAUGAGAUCCCGGCAGAAGCUCGCGCGGCUUUUUUCUACCUUGCGUCGACGAGCUUGCAUGAGGCGCUCGAGGCGGAUUAUAUCCAGGGGAUGCGGAUUUUUAUUUGUCUCUGCAUGACGUGUGUCAUGGACAAAAGCUCCAAUGCGAGGUUGCUGAUCAUGACCGCGCUGAACCUGGCGAGGGGGAAGAUGAGCGAGAAUGUCGUUGGAGAGAAUGACGAGUGCAAAAGGACAUUGCAGACAUUGGUCUUCCUGGAGGGGUAUGUCACCACCCUGGAGCUGACCUACACUGUUCCGAACAAGCAGCUGACGAGACAGGUCCACCUCACCGUAGCCCUAGACAUGCAGCCACACAACAGCGAGGCCUUAACAACAAGAAUGAUCCAGUCACAAAUCACGCGCCUGGCCCUGCUGGCUUCAGGGAUCCAGGGCGAAGUGGCUCACUACCGGCAUGACGAUUGUUGGAUCCACGCAAACAAACUAUCCUCUAAACUCGAUCUAUGGCACCAGGCUCUCCCGCCAGACCUGCACUUGGCCGCACUCAACAAGCAGGACAAAACAUUAACCCUCUUCCAGGAGCGCGCUCUAUGUUUAAUGCACAUGCUGUAUAUUGAUGCGCGGCUGCAGUUGUAUUGUCGGUUAUUCAAGGCCUCGUAUCAUGCAGAGAAAGAGGAACGUGAAGACGAACAUGACCCAUCCUCACUAGAGAGCCUAUUCCAAAACGUCCCCCGCCAUAUCAGUGACGUCCACACAGACUUCGCCGUCCAGCUAGCGCGCAUUGCCUCGCUGCUGUACAGCGAGCAGGCAAUCUUCACGCGGUGCUGGCUAGUUAUAUGCUCCGUCUUCGACACCUGCGUCGUCCUCCUCCUCGACAUCUGCCAGAAAUACGUCACAGGCGGCAGCCCUGAGAACGAUAACUACAGCCUCCCCCAGCUCGUCGCGCACUUGGAUACAUGCCUAACGGUGCUGCAAUUCUGCGGACGCAGCGACAUUGCCGCGCAUCGGCUAGGUGGCAUGCUCGAUCCGAUUGUCGAGCAGCUGAACCGCAUGAACAUGAUCUCGCAUCCUCAGACCCACGAGGACGGAAACCAGACCAAGAUUCAGUAUGUACCGGACGAAGGGUCGUCUGAGGCGGCUAUCCUGGUGCGCAUGACAUACCGGCUGUUGAACUCCAUGCCGCCGGAUGGGAGUACCGUGUGGGUCUAG